AUGCCGUCUGCUCUCCUGCAAUUGCUGGCUGCCAUUCUGUUCCUGUCAUCUUCAGCCACCGCAGCAGAAGAACGGAUAAUUGGUGGAAAACCUUGUCCACGCAAUUCUCAGCCAUGGCAGGCUGCACUUUUUACUGGCUUCAGGCUGAACUGUGGAGGGACUUUGAUCAACCGUUCCUGGGUGCUCAGUGCUGCCCACUGUAGAAAAAGAACACCCUUCUUUGUCCGCCUUGGGGAGCACAGCCUCAGCAAAAUCGACUGGACUGAACAAAUAAAACUGGCAACAAAAGUCAUUGUGCACCCUGGCUAUAACCCGCGAACCAAGAACAAUGACAUCAUGCUCAUCAAGCUGCUGAUUCCAGCCUGCCUGACCAAAAACGUCCAGCCCCUCAGUCUGCCUACCAGAUGCCCUGUGCCUGGGACCAAGUGCCUCGUUUCAGGCUGGGGUACAACAACAAGCCCCCAAGCAACAUUUCCAGAUGUUUUGCAUUGUGCAAACGUCACCAUCGUCAGUCACAAUGUUUGCCAAGCCAUCUACCCCACGUACGUCAACGAGAACAUGGUCUGUGCUGGCAGGACGGAAGGAGGCACAGAUGCUUGCCAGGGCGAUUCGGGUGGCCCCCUUGUCUGCAACGGGGAGCUGCAGGGGAUCGUAUCCUGGGGGCCCCAGAUAUGUGCACAACCCUAUAGGCCAGGAGUCUAUGUUAACGUCUGCAGAUAUGUGGAAUGGAUCCGAGACACUAUAAGCAGAAACUGA